CUGGAGGGAGUGAGCCCCCAGGGAAGAGAAGGGAGCUUCCAGUAGGAGGAGAGGAUACCUGGUAGAGGGUCCCCACUCGGGGUGGGUGAUGGAAGGGGAAGAGGGGACACCCUCGGGUGGGAAAGCCUGGUGGGUCAGAAGGGGCACUCUGGGGAGGGCAGGGGCCUCCUGAGGGAGAAGGGACUGCCUGGAGGAAAGAAGAGGGUGCUGGGGAGAUAGGGCCCCCACCCUUUGAGCAUCCCUUCUCCAUCCCCCCAGAAUCCAGUUGGAAGACAGGUUACAUGGGAUGAGGCCUCAGGCCCUGGGAGCCUGAGAGUUUGGCUCUGCAGGCUGACACUGGAUAUGCGGACCCCCUCCAAGCUCCCUGGGGAUGAUGCUGUCCCCACCCCGUGCAACCAGCCCAGUCCCAACUUCCUGGCCGCAGUCUGACUUCCCUGCCCCACAGGGAGCCCUGGUGACCCCUGUGCUGAGCCAACCAAUCUUCCUGUCACUCUGUCACUAUUUCACAGUUACAGCUCCUAGUCUGUACCUCUGGUCACUGCCUGCCUGUGCCCUGGUGGUUGUCACUAAUCACUGCUUCUGCCCGUCACCGCCGAAUGUCACUACCCCUGUCACUUGAUGUCACCACGUGUUUCCUGUUGAUUGAAACCACCGUUACAUGGUCACCGUGUCUGCCUGUCACUCAUGUCACUGUCACAGCAACAGGCCAUCACUGCGACAGCAGUUCUGGGUGCAGUUAGAGCACGUGGUGACUCCCUUCUCUGUCCGCUUUCACUCCUGCAGUCAUGGGCUGAGAACCUGCCAGGUGUCAGGCAGCAGGAGCCGGCAGUAAACCAGGAGGACAAGCCCCUGGCCCCAGAAUCCAAUGCUCUAGUGAGGGAGGCCAGGCCGUCAGCACACAGGGUCUCCAGUACAGGUUCGGGGGGCGGCUCUAGCCCCGGCAGGAACCCCCUCUGCCCGCCCUGUUCUGGGCAGCUCCCUCUUCCACCCCACCUCACCCCACAUCCACGGCCAUCUUGGCCCUCUUUGAGAGGGCUGGGUGUUUCCCACUGUGAGCUCACCAGGGCCUGGGCCCAGCCUGGACAAAGACGUAAGGAAGCUGGGCCACUCGGUGCCACCUGCCACGCUCUGCCUCUGAUUCUGUAACUCUGUAUCUCCCCUCCCACUUCAUUUCCCCUGAUCAUGCAGGGUCAAGGUUGUUCCUCCUGCUGAUAUAGCACGGCUAGAGUGGAGUGGAGAGGGGAGGGGAGAGGAGUGAACACCACACCAGGGCCACUAGGAGUGAGAAAUUCAGAAAGAAGGGACUUCUGGGUCUAUUGGGCAAAGCAGCAGCAAGAAGGGAAAGUUGCAGCUGGCAGGAUUUAGUUUACAUGUCGAAAGAAUUUCCACGGAUGAAGGAAUGACCAAACCUCAUGCAGAGGUUUCUGAAGGAGGGAUGCAGGGAAGCCCGGGGUCGUUGAGAGUCACCUGCCAACAUGAAACAAAAUCCAGAGCCCCCUUCUUCCCCACAUCCCUCUCAUUCCACGCUUCUCUCUCCUGUGCACGCUCAGAACCACAGAGCACGGCAAAGUUGCUGUUUGCAGAGCCAGUGGCUGUUUGCAGUCUGUGUGUAUUAAGCGUUCAGCUGUGUUUCAAGAAUUUGAGAAUGUUUUGGUCUGAUCUAUGCAAACUGCUCAUGUCAGCUAAGCCUGUCACUUGCUGCAGAGUCUGUCAUCUUCAGAGACAGUCCGUGUGUGUAGAGUCUGUCCUGGGUUUGCAGAACAUGUGUCUGAUCUGCAGAGCUUCUUUCUGUCCUGAGCCUGUUUUGAGAGUGUCUUUUUUCAGAACCUGGGUCUUUUUAAACAGUCUGUCCCUCUUUCUUCAUGGAUAAGAUAUGCUUUUAUUGCAGAAGCGGCCCUGAAUGCAAGCCUAUCCCUGUCUCUGGAGCUUGUCCCGCGGCCUUGGCUGGGACAUCUCUUUCUGCCUAAAGACACCGUCCCUGUCUAUAAAGCAUUGUCUGUUUACAGUUCCUGGCCCUGUCAGCAGAACCUGUUUCCUCUGCAGGGAGUAUCUCUGUCUCUAGACUCUGUCCCUAUUCAUAGAGUCUUUUCCUAUUUCAGAGCCUAUUCUGUCUGCAGAACCUGAGCCCUCUUUGUACAGUCUGUGACAUUUUUCAGGGCCUUUGCCUAUUUGCACAGCUUGUCUCAACUUCCUGGAUAGAAAUUCUCGUCUGCUUGCAGGCUCUACUCCUACGAAGAGUUUCUCACCUGCCAUGGGUCACUGUGUCUGGGAGCACCCCUGUCUUUCGACAGAGCACAUCCCUGUUGGCAGAGCCCAUGCCUGUCUGCACAGUCUACUCCUAAUUCCAUGUGUACUUGUUAACAGAACCUGUCCCUAUUCAUGGAGCCUUUAUCUCUCUCUAGAACUCAUCCUUUUCUAAAGCCUGUCCCUGUUUGCCGAACCUGGGCUCUCUACAGAACCCAGCCCCGUUUUAAGCUCUUGCCCAUGUCUGGGGCAUCUGUGCUGGAACAUGGAGCUGAUUUCCCGGCCAGCUCCUUUCAGCACAUCCUGCCCUCUCUGAAGACACUGUCACUGUUAACAGAGGCUGUCUGUUUGCAGAGCCUGUGUGGGCUUACAAAACCUACCCCAAUCUGCCAAGUCUCUGUCUAUACAGGCUUUGUCUGCAGAGCCUGUGUCUUUUUGCAGAGCCCGGAUUGCUCUGCAGAGCUCACGAUUGCUUGCCCAGGCUGUUCCGAUCUCCUUGUUUGCAGGAUUUGAGGCUGUUUCCCAAGGCUGUCCCUGCAUGCAGAGCCUGACCAUGCCUAGAGAGCUUUUUGCCUGUUUCAGAGCCUGCCUCUGUCUGGCAAGCACUUCUCUGACUGGUGAUGCUGUGUCUCUUUGCAGAGCCUUGCCUAUCUACGUGCCUGUUCAUAUCUGCAGAGCCUGUCUCUUCUGCAAAGAGUCCCUGUCUUAAGGGUUUGUCCCCAUCCACAUUUGCAAAGCCUUUCCCAAUUCUGCAAAACCCCUCCACACCUGCAGAACCUGGGACUGUCUGUAGAGCCUUUCUCAGCGUUCAUAACCUUUACCUGUUUGCCCAGCUUGUCUGAAUUUCCCUGGGUCCAGUCUGUGUCUCUUCACGUAGGUCAUCCUUACAAAGGUGGUCCCUGUCAACAGAACUCAUCUUUGUCAGGAGAACCUGUGCCUGUUGCAUCCCUUUCCUGGGUCUGAGGAAGCUGUCCCUUUUCUCUGCAGGAUGGACACCAACAGGGGCCUCCCAGCCAUCGAGAGCCACAGGGACCUCCACAUAUGGAUCACUGAGAACCUGAAGAUGGUGCCGGUCCCCGAGCGGGCUUAUGGGAACUUCUUUGAGGAGCACUGCUAUAUCGUCCUGCACGUCCCCCAGAGCCUGAAGGCCACGUCGGGGGCACCCAAAGACCUGCACUACUGGGUCGGGAAGGAGGCGGGUGUGGAGGCGCAGGGUACGGCGGGCUCCUUCGUGCAGCACCUGCAGGAGGCGCUGGGUGGCGCCACCGUGCAGCACCGCGAGGCGCAGGGCCACGAAUCCGCCUGCUUUCGCAGCUACUUCCGCCCUGGAAUCAUCUACCGGAAGGGAGGCCUGGCCUCUGCCCUCAAGCACGUGGAGACCAACGUGUACAACAUCCAGCGACUGCUGCACAUCAGAGCGGGGAAGCACGUGUCAGCCAGCGAGGUGGAGCUCUCCUGGCACAGCUUUAAUAAGAGUGACAUCUUCCUGCUAGACCUGGGCAAGAUGAUGAUCCAGUGGAAUGGGCCCAAAACCAGCACUGCUGAGAAGGCGCGGGGCCUGGUCCUGACCCGCAGCCUCCAGGACAGGGAGCGUGGUGGCCGUGCACAGAUUGGUGUGGUGGAUGAUGAGGCUGAAGCCACUGACCUCAUGCAGAUCAUGGAAGCUGUGCUGGGCUGCAGAGUGGGCAACCUGCACACCGCCAUGCCCAGCAAGAGUACUGACCAACUGCAAAAGGCCAACGUCCGCCUCUACCAUGUCUACGAGAAGGGCAAGGAUGUGGUGAUCCAGGAGUUGUCGACCUGCCCUCUGGCCCAAGACCUACUGCAGAAGGAGGACUGCUACAUCCUGGACCAGGGUGGUUUCAAGAUCUACGUAUGGCAGGGACGCAUGACUAGCCUCCAGGAGAAAAAGGCUGCCUUCAGCAGGGCUCUGGGCUUCAUCCAAGCUAAGGGCUACCCGAGCUACACCAAUGUGGAGGUGGUGGACGAAGGCGCCGAGUCGGCCGCGUUCAAGCAGCUCUUCCGAUCGUGGUCUGGGGAGCAGCGCAAGAACAAGCACCUCCGCGGAAUGGGUAAAUUACUUCAGGUGAAACUGGACGUGGGCAAGCUGCACAGCCAUCCUGAGCUGGCGGCCCAGCUCAGGAUGGUGGACGACGGCUCUGGGAAGGUGGAGGUAUGGUACAUCCAGGGCUCACGCAGGCAGCCCGUGGACCCCAUGCAUCACGGACAGUUGUGCGCAGGCAACUGCUACCUUGUCCUCUACACAUACCAGAAGAUGGGCCUCGACCAGUACAUCCUGUACCUGUGGCAGGGCCUCCAGGCCACCGCACACGAGAUCAAGGCCCUGAAGGGCAACGCCGAGGAGCUGGACCUCCAGUACCACGGAGCGCUGGUGCAGGAGCACGUGACCAUGGGCAGCGAGCCCCCUCACUUCCUCGCCAUCUUCCAGGGCCAGCUGGUGAUCUUCCAGGGGAGCGCUGGGCACAACGGGAAGGGGCAGCCAGAGUCCGCCACAAGGCUCUUCCACGUACGAGGCACCGACAGCUACAACACCUGGACCCUGGAGGUGCCAGCCCGGGCCUCAGCCCUCAACUCCAACGAUAUCUUCCUGCUGGCCACAGCCGGCCUCUGCUACCUCUGGUUUGGGAAGGGCUGCAGCGGUGACCAGCGUGAGAUGGCACGGACAGUGGUCACCGUCAUCUCCAGGAAGGACAAGGAAAUGGUGCUGGAGGGUCAGGAGCCUCCCCACUUCUGGGAGGCCCUGGGGGGCCGGGCACCCUACCCCAGCAGCAAGAGGCUCCCCGAAGAUGUGUCCGACUUCCAGCCACGACUGUUUGAGUGCUCCAUCCAGACGGGCCCCCUGGUCCUCACGGAAGUGGUGUUCUUUAGCCAAGAGGACCUGGACAAGUAUGACGUCAUGUUACUGGACACCUGGGAGGAGAUUUUCCUGUGGCUGGGGGCAGCUGCGAGCGAGUGGAAGCAGGAGGCCGUGGCCUGGGGCCAGGAGUACCUGAAGACGCACCCAGCAGGGAGGAGCCUGGCCACGCCUAUCGUGCUGGUCAAGCAGGGCCACGAGCCUCCCACCUUCACUGGAUGGUUCCACACCUGGGACCCCUACAAAUGGUCGAACAAUCAGUCUUAUGAGGAGGUGGUGGAGGGCGGCCUGGGAGCAGUAUCUGCCAUCUCAGAGAGAACAGCACAGGUCAGCAGCUUCCGGCUGUCCAGAUCGCUACGCAAUGGCAGGGCAGGCCCGUUGGCCCUGUGGGCCCUCAAGGGCUCCAAGGACAGCUCCGAGAACGAGCUGGAGCUGGGCCCCAAGGCGGGCAGCGGCCCCAGAUCCGUGGCCAGCAGGAGCCUGCCCCGAGAACAGCUGAGGCACCAGGCUGUUGAGGACCUGCCGGAGGGUGUGGACCCAGCCCACAAGGAGUCCUAUCUCUCAGACUCUGAUUUCCAAGAUAUCUUUGGGAAGUCCAAGGAGGAGUUCUACAGCAUGGCCAAGUGGAGGCAGCAGCAGCAGAAGAAGCAGCUUGGCUUCUUCUGAACCCCGGCCCUGCCGGCUCCAUCUACGUGGCCAAGACGCCUGCCUGCGGGCACCUCCCCUACACAUAUACGAGCCCCCCGGGGAGGCCCUCCUGGCGCACCCUGCUUGGAGACUCCUGGGUCACUAAAAUAAAAGCCUGUGGCCUUCACAA